AUGUCGGCGAGACUGACCUGGGCGGCCUGCCUGACCCUCGCAGUCUACGCGGUAUUCGUCGAGGGACGUCAGCAACCCACCAUACCGAGACCUGCUGACCCCUUUGCGGAUCCGAAACACGACCCAUACAACCCUCUGCGGUACAUCGCGUCAAAUGUUUUAACCGCUAUCGCAUUCAGCUUGAUCGUGCUAUGUGCGCUCAUCCAGACAUAUUGGAUGCGACGAUGGGGUGCGCGAUGGAUGUCGGCGAUGGUCAUUGGCGAAUAUUGCUUUGCUGUUGGUCUUGCCUGCCGCUUUGGUCUCCACGAGCAUCCGGAGAGUAAAGGGAUCUACAUAGCGGAAUAUCUAUUCGUGGUGCUCUCGCCAUGUGCCUUCAUUGCAGCCGAUUACGUGCUGCUUGGCCGUAUCGCCCGGCAUCUCAAUGCGAACCAGUACCUGGCCGUCCCUCCACGGCGCAUAACGCUCAUCUUCGUCUGCUCCGACGUGACCACCUUCCUCAUUCAGGCGGCCGGAGGAUCGCUCGCCAUAUCCGCGAACCACCCAGAGCUCCAGAAGGCGGGGUCACACAUAGUCCUAGUCGGGUUGGCGCUGCAACUCGCAUCUUUUGCCUUCUUCACCUGCGUCCAUCUCCUCUUCCUCUACCGCGUUCACAAGCACGACCCAGAAGUCUGGAUUAGAGACGCUGGCCGGAAAUGGUACCACGACUGGCGUACGCUCGCGGCUGCCCUCAGCCUGAGCUGCGUUGGCAUCCUUAUCCGGUCCACCUACCGAACGAUCGAGCUCUCGCAGGGCUUCGACGGCAAACUCUCUACGACCGAAUCAUACUUCUACGGCUUGGACACGCUCCCGCUAGCCGUCGCCGUCUUCGUUUAUAUCCCAUUCUGGCCGGGUCGGUUCAUUCCACCUCUGCCGAAGACGGUUGGCAACUCGGAAGAGAAGGAUUUGGAAGCGGCGAAGACAAGCACAGGCACAGUUGUGCCAGAAGGCGCCAUUCCGGAGAAGACUGCGCGCACCUCGGGCGUGGAAGAGCCUUCGCUCACGCCUGCCUGA